CUCAGCACGAGCAUCAUAGGUGCAUCGACCAGAGAUUCUACAUCUGAUCCUGAAACUUGACAGCGGCUUCAUCUUUAACCGAGCUAACUUUGGUACACGUUUGCUUGAUAUAAAUUGAGACGACAGAAGGCAACAAGUAUAUUGUUAAUGCGAGAAUUUUAGUCUUGAAGGUCACGAUCCAGUAUAACUCAAUUCCGUGUACACUUUGCCUAUCAGCCCCCAUAUUAGGCAGAAUAUUGUUAUAUUCAUCCCAUCUCGGACCUCAGAAAUACACUAGGCCGUCUAUCUCUCACGAUCAACAGCCAUCCCCACCAAAAAAAAGAUGGCAUCAGAAAAACCCCUCCCCAAGGUCGCAAUCCUCUCCAUCGGCGACAUGGGCGCCGGCAUCGCCCGCCUGCUGCUGGCGCACUCCUUCCCAGUGGCCACAAACGUGUCCAACAGGAGCAAGGACACGCAGCAGCGCGCCGCCGAGGCGGGGAUAACGACGCUGUUCAAGGACGACCUUGCACUCGUCGACUGGGCCGACGUGGUGCUGUCCGUGGUCCCGCCCGCCGACGCCGCCGCCACGGCGCAGCGCGUCGUCGACGCCCUGGCCUUCUCCAAGACGCAUCAGAGGGGCGAAAGCAGUAGCAGCACGCUGUACUAUGCCGACAUGAACGCCGUCUCGCCCGCGACAUGCCGCGAUGUGGCUGCCAUGUUCGCCCGGGCCCGCGCGCCCGUCGUCUUCAUCGACGGCUGCAUCCUCGGCGGGCCGCCCAAGCCGCCGGCGGCAGAAACUGCUUCUCAGGAUGCCGCGGCGCCCAAAACGUGGAAGGUGCCGCUCUGCCCGACGUCUGGCCCCAGCAGCCUUGCCGACGUCCACCCGCUUCUGCAGUCUACGCUAAACGCGCGGCCCAUCUCGGCGGACGUGGGGGCGGCAUCCGGGCUCAAGAUGUGCUUUGCGUCGCUGUCCAAGGGCUUCUCGGCCAUCGCCGUGCAGGCCUUCACGACGGCGCACCGCCUAGGCGUGCUGGGAGACCUGAAAUCCGCGCUGGAGGAGCUGGCUCCGGCCAAGCUCAAGCAGGCCGAGGGCGCUGUCACCGGUAUGCCGCCCAAGGCUUACCGGUGGGUCAGGGAGAUGGAGGAGAUCAGCAACACCCACAGCGUCGACGGGGGCUUUGGGCCCGAGUUGUUCGCCGGCGCCGCCGGUGUCUUCAAAGCCGUGGCCCAGGAUACCGUGCUGGGCCAGGAGAAGAUUGGGAGCAGGAAAAGGGGCAUGACGGUGGAGGAUGUGGCUGAGGCGAUGAGUGAGGGCAUGGACAAGAAGAGGAAGAAGACGGAAUGACUACUUGAGGUCGAGAUGAUGCGCGAUUCCAGUUGUAGAUAACGCACUGGAAGGGAAGAAGGCAGCGGCUUGCAGUAACACUAGUGCUCCUUUUUGAGUGAGUGGAAGAUAUAUAUACAUGUGCAACAUCAUGAGGCAAUCAAGACAAACAAAUAUCAGUCAUAUACCAUCGCUGAAUAAGCCCUUCUUAGCCCAAAGAUGCGCCUCUCUUAAGAUUUUAGAUACGUUGCUAGCUUCGAACCAUACGAAGGCCGACACCGCAUUGCGGGCAAGGAUAUCAGCCCAGAUUGACGAGGGGUCAAAUAAUGAUCAUCAUCCUAAG